GAAGUACUUAUGUAAAUAAAAGCUUGAUUGAAUUUGGGACCCAAGUUACGUUCAUAGUUUACUGCAUAACAAGGCUCAAGCGCUCAUGUCUUGCCACCGUUGUUCACAGUCCACCAGCACACCCGCCAACUUUCUUCUACGGUGCAGGAGCUGCAACAAAUACUGGCAUCAUAGAUGUCACCCCCCUCCCCUCGAAAGCGAUGAACUCCUUAAGCUCAUCCGCUCCCAAAACGCAGGUGACCGCGAGAAUGGCCUCGAUAGCUGGAAAUGCAAACGUUGUAAGAAGAAUCAAGCGGCUCAAAUCAUUGGCAAAACUGCAGUUCAAUCGCUGAAACCGAGACCGGACGACAACCAACAGCCACAGCCCUCCUUUCAGGCGCAAACAUCGCUGGGACUUUCACUUCUAAAGGACAAGGGGAAAACAGACCCGAAGAUUGUUACUCGCGUCGGUGGGCCAGCGGGACCUAGCAUCGAGGCAACCACCCAUAUACUCCAUACUGCCGAACGGACACAACACAACGACCGCGGUAGCCAGCACCAACAACAGGGUAAUCAUCCAGGUAGUCAGAUGAGAAGUUUAGAUAAACUUCCGACAACUACAGUUAAAAGGCUCCAAGUGAAACGUGUGCUUCAAGUGGAGCACCUUGAUGGUCCUAAAGCGGAUUGUGACUAUCCCAAUAAGACGGAGCUCUGUCCAGAUCAGCCUGCUGUGCCUCUCAAGUACGCCCGUGCUCCAGAUGGAAAGAAGGUCGUCUCGUCCGGACAUCCACCAAGAUUGGAGCAGCUUGAAGAUGUCAAAUACGUAAAUCCUUCACGCAUAAAAAAACGUACAGCAAAAAAAGAAGAUACGCCUCCCUCUCGUUCUGUUACUUUGUUCUCCGAAAGGGUUUAUUCUCCAUUUACUUCACUUCCUGUUCAAGACGAGGAACAUAUUCAUUAUGAUUCGGUGGUGAAGAGUCCUCGGGGCAAUGGACAAGAAGUCGGUAUUCAUACAGAUGCUCCUCCAAGACUCCCCGUUGGACAUGGCGACAUCCAAAUGAAGGAUGUCAGUGAUGAUAUCUACGAACCUCCUGUCCCACAGUUUAGUGGUUCCACUCUCGUUUCAUCCAGUUCGAGAACGUCUAGCGAGCAGCAAGGAGGCGGUUCUGUGACGCAAGAAGGUCACCAGACCAUCCAACAACAAGGAGUUGUUCAAUUGCGUCAUCAACUCGAAGGCCAGAGCAGCCUUAAGCAAAUACCGAAGGCAGAGGCAGAACCUUUGCUAGGCCCGGAUUGGUUGAAAGCUCGAUACUCGGUUGCCAAUGAUUCAUGGCGCUCUUUUUGCGAUCCACAUCGCCAAAUGUAUGGUGUCAGCAGACGCAAGAAACUUACAACUAAAUUUCUUGGUGAUCCGGUACAAUCGUUGGCGACAACAAAUAGAGAACCACUCUGGUUUUUUUCCUGUCAUGAUUGGAUUCAGCAGACACAAGCCCAUUCAUGUUUGGAAACCAGAUAAUUGACACAUCUUCAGUACUAGUAACAUGAGUAACUUAAAACAAUUUC